AUGGUACCGCCCGACCUUGGAACACCGGCUUCUCAACCCGAAUCGCAUGUUUACGCCCAGCCACGCAACGAUUCGCUUUGUAACCGACCAGGGGGCAGAAGAGACCUUCGUUUUGCACCUGACGUGUCUAGUCAGGUGGCCGCCAUUGAGCUCGAUUCCUUCCUGGCCGGACUCGAAUCCGGGCUCAGCAAGCCGGCAUCACCUCUUCGAGCUCCUACGGCUCAAGCCAGAAUCUCACUCGUCCUGUUAACCGAAGCUUGGCCUCACGCAACUGGGUUAGAGCACCUCCUGGCCUACUGA